AUACUACACUAUUUAUACAUACCUUUUUCUUUUCUUCUCUUUACUCUAUCUUCUUUGACCGAUUGCUAUCACCGCCGCUACCACCAUCGUUGGCCUCGCAUAAGAUCUUUGUAGCGUUGCCCUCUAUCCACUGUUCACUGUUAUCCUCCAUCAUCGGCCGCCACCAUCAUUGUCAAAAUGGAUUACAUGCAGGUCAUUAACAAUUUUGACCCCACCCAAUCAGGUAUUGUUUUAAUUUUAACUCGGUGAGUCGGUGACUCUUCCUAAAUACAAUACUAUAUUAGAAACUUAACGUAGAAGCGUCUUCAAGUCACUUUCACUUUAUUUCAUUCAGAAAAAAAAGAAAAAGAAAAAACUUUUCACUUUCAAAAAUGGAUGAUGACAACAAAACCAUCAUAGAAUCUAGACAAGAACUGAUGGUUUCACCAACAUCCGGUCAAAACCAAACUCUAAGAACUGCCUAUUUCCUCACUCCUCCUUGCAUUAAAGAUUCUCAUUUUCUUCCAACUCAUUUCACCAUUCCCUCUCAAAUCACCACAAAGUUACCCUUAGAAGUUAGGUACAAUGGAUGGAGAAAUCCACAUGAAGAAUGGAUCAAAUGGGUCAAAAAAUUACAACCAAAGUUUGAAUCUUUAUGGUUAAAAACAGGAAUAUACCAUGCAAUCAAAGCUUCAGAAUAUGAAAUCAAAAGGGAUGAUGAGUUGAUUCUUGAACUUGCUAAUAGAUGGUGUUCAAAGACCAACACAUUUGUUUUCCCUUGGGGUGAAACAACAUUAACAUUGGAAGACACAAAGGUUUGUUUUGGUUUUUCUGUUUUAGGUUGUUCUGUUACUACCCCUAUUAUGAACAGUGAACAAAAAGAAGCAGAAGAAGAGUUAUUUGAAGCUAGAAGAAUGUUUAACAGUUCUAGAGGUAAAAAAGUGAAUCAAAGUGCAUGGAUUAAGCAUUUUAUGAAGGGUGAAAGCAAAGUGGAACAUGAAGCUUUUUUGGUUUAUUGGUUGUCAAGGUUUGUGUUUCCUGCUGAUUCUUAUGAUACUAUUUUGAAAAGUGUUUUUCCAAUUGCAAUAAAUUUAGCUUAUGGAACUAGAAUAGCUCUUGCACCUGCUGUUUUAGCUAGUGUUUAUAGAGAUUUAAGUUUGCUUAAUAGCAUUAUUAAAAAUAAUGCUACAAUAACUAUGAAGAGUUUAAGAGUAACUAUUUGUGCACCUUUUCAAUUGGUUCAAGUUUGGGCUUUAGAGAGGUUUCUAGGAUUAAGGCAUGGUUUACCAAAUGUGGCUAGAUGGGGUGGAAAAAAAAUGAUGAAAAAUAAAAACUUGAAAAAGGACUUGGAUUGUGCAGGGUUUAGAGAUGAAUUUUUGUGGAAACCUUAUGAGAAUUCACCGUGUAUUGAGGUGUAUAAUGAAAAAGAUAUGUGGAAAUGUGAUAAUCCUUGUUUAGAUGAAGAGUUAGCGUCGUUUUCUCGGUGUUUGAUGGUAUGUGAGUUGGUUGGUAUGGGAUGUAAAGAGAAGUACUUUCCGCAUCGUGUCGCUAUGCAAUUCGGUAUGGAUCAAGACAUUCCUGGUGAGGUUUCUGUUUGUAAAAAUGAUCCAUGGAUGAGUGAUAGUGAGCCACUGGCAUUGGUAGAUUUCGACUUGUGCAUUGAAUUGUGCUUCAGACUUCCAGGUGUUACUUCUAGAUACUAUGAUUGGUGGAAGAAAUCAAAAUCAAGUCCGGGAGGAGAUAAUAAUACAAUGAAGGUAGAAGAAUCGUAUGACCUACCGCCACCGCCUGGUUUUACUUCCAAGUUUGAGAGAAAUCAAAUGGAUAAUAAUACAAUGAAGGUUGAAGAAUUGUAUGACAUACCGCCACCACCUGGUUUUACUUCCAAGUAUGAGAGAAAUCAAACGGAAGGUUCUGAUAAAAAGGAUAAUUUUGUAGUUUAUGAACUAUCAAGUUCUGAUGAUGAAGUAGUUGCAAAUGGUAAAGGUUUGUCUAGUGCUGAGUUUGACGAGUUUCUAUUAUCAUUUGUGGGCGAUGAAGCAGAAAUGAAUAGUUUAUUUUGUGAUAGAAAUGAUGAAAAUGGAGAAAGUUUUAGUCCUUUUACAUUAGACAUGGCAAAUGAUCUUGAAAACCGGAUUCAGAAGCUUGAAAAAGUGGCUGAUAAGGUUAAAGAAACAAGAUUUGGCUCAAAAGGUUGAAAUUGUUGGAGGCAAUGCCAAGACAUCCUACUCCAAGGUUUGUAACAACAAAACAACUACAAUACUUUUUGCUGCUAUAUAACCAAUUUCACAUGCCUAAUUUUGUGUAAUAGUGUAUAAUUAUUUUCACUAUGUAUGGUGAUCUAUUUUGUCAUGUGAUAGUUCCUUCAACAGUAGGAACUGAACUUAUGUAUAUCUUGGAAAUAUCAAAGUGAAAUCAGGUGUGUAUAUCACUAUCUUUUGAUCAAAAUGGUACUGCUGAAGAACUACUUGUGCAUCAGAGAGUAUUUCAAUUUUGUAAUAGUGGACAACCUGAGUUUAAGCAAUGCUGAAUGAUAUUAAUGGCUAGUUAUUUUU